AUGACAAGUAUUUUGAAUGGUACAAGAUUUAUGUUUAUUGAACCCCUACCUGAUGGGAAAUGCCUACCGAGAACAAACUAUUGUGCUGGUGUCCAAUGUAAAAUAUUUCAUUUUGGACAACCUAAGAAAACAGGUAACCUGGUUUGUACCAACUGCUGGAGUACUAACCACACUAGAUCAAGGUGUACAUCCGAUACAUGUUGCAAAGUCUGCAAACAGCCUGGGCAUGCCCCUGGUGACAAAUCAUGCCCCCACUAUGAACCUCAGAAACAUGUUAUACCUUUUUGUGGAGCCGAUGAUGUCCUUUCAAAUUUUUUUCCUUGCGAGUUGGAUUUCUGUGGCGUCAAACAUAAGUCUGCUGAACAUGCUUUUCAAUAUACAAAAGCACUGCGUUGUGGCGACUUGGACGCAGCAAAUACCAUUAAGGAUGCAGAUGAUGCGCUUUCUGCCCUGCGUCUUGGGAAAAAAAUCAAAACCAAUGAACAAUGGGAGUCGACAAAAAAGGAGGUCAUGGAGGAUAUCCUUGAAAACAAGUGUGUUCAAGUCCCAGUCUUCUUAGAAAAGCUGAGAACCGCUAAGCAGUCCACAACCUUCGUGGAAGCCACUUAUAACAACGAGUGGGGAUCGGGACUGGAUCGUACGGGGACACUUAAUACCAAACCAGAUCACUGGCCGGAAUCUAAUAUCCUCGGUGUCAUGAUGAAGAAAAUCUCCAAAAAAGUUCGAAAAAGGAAACUAAGCGACAGCAUUAGUCGAAAACAAAAACAAGCUCAUCGUGAACAAUCAAGACAGCGCAAUAUCGUUCAGAUGCUGAAGGAUCUAAGAACUGCGUCCGACAGUGACGUUUCAGGGUGCAAUGCCGAUUCCGAUAGCUCUGAAGGGGACAAAUAGACAUUCAAGAUCCUCAAUCAUGACGCUG